CUGAAGAUGCGUUUUGGACGGCUGCUCUUUCAAAGCCAUGUCUUGGUGUUUCUCUUUGUUGUGGUGGAGCACGCACACGGAGACGUGAGCUACCGUGUGCAAGAGGAGCUAAAGCGCGGAUCCGUGGUUGGAAAUAUCGCCAAGGAUCUCGGCCUGGAGGUGAAUCGACUGUCGGCUCGGAAAGCUCGUGUUGAUGUUGAAGGGAGCGAGAAGCGAUAUUGUGGAAUUAACCUUGAAAAUGGUAAUUUAGUUAUAGAGGAACGAAUUGACAGAGAGGAGCACUGUGGACAGAAGCCUUCAUGCGUUCUGAAAUUCGACUUGCUGUUAGAAAACCCACUGGAGUUACAUCGGCUGUCUCUGCAGGUGGAGGACAUCAACGACAAUGUACCAUAUUUCCAGAAAGGCAUUAUUAAGAUAGAAAUUAGAGAAUCUGCUGUUAAAGGAGCUAAAUAUCGCAUUAAUGCAGCACAUGAUGAAGACAUAGGGAAGAAUUCCGUUCAAAACUACAUUUUGCAACAAAACCCCCACUUUGUGUUCAAUAUUCAAACGACCAGUGCUGGUAGUAAGUAUGGAGAGCUGGUUUUAGAGAAGGAGUUAGACCGAGAGGCGCAGCAGGAGAUGAAGUUAUUGCUCACUGCUGUGGAUGGUGGUUCACCGCAGAGAUCCGGGACCGUAACCAUUCAUGUUAUUGUACUCGAUGCUAAUGAUAACGCUCCGGUGUUUUCUGAGACCGUGUAUACAGCUCGUUUACCAGAGAACUCGCCUGUAAAAACGACAGUUAUCACUGUCAGUGCAACAGACGCUGACGAGGGCUUCAACGGCGAGGUUACAUAUGAAUUUAGUAGAAUUUCUGAUAAAUCACAGAAAAUGUUUUCACUGAAUGAGAAAACUGGGGAAGUUAUUGUGACAGGAGACAUCGAUUAUGAAGAGGGUUCAAAAUAUGAAGUGUUUGUUGAGGCUAAAGAUGGUUAUGGCCUCUCAACAGAGGCAAAGGUUAUUAUUGAUAUCACCGAUGUGAAUGACAACGCACCAGUUAUAUAUGUGAAAUCCCUAAAUAGUCCCGUAUCCGAAAGCACGUCACCUGGUACAGAGGUGGGCAUCAUUAACGUCCAGGACAGAGACUCUGAGAACAACAGACAGGUUCGCUGCUCCAUCCAGCAAAAUGUUCCGUUCAAGUUAGUUCCGUCCAUUAAAAACUAUUAUUCUCUGGUGACCACAGGACAACUGGACCGUGAACUAGUGUCUGAUUACAACAUUACCAUCAGUGCCACUGACGAGGGUUCUCCUCCUCUGUCCUCCUCUAAAACCGUUCACUUAUCUGUAGCUGACGUCAACGACAACCCACCUGCGUUUGAGGAACAGUCCUACAGCGCAUAUGUGAGUGAAAACAACAAACCUGGCUCCACCUUAUGUUCCGUUGCUGCUCGAGACCCGGACUGGAGACAGAACGGUACCGUGAUCUACUCUCUGUUACCUGCUGAGGUGAACGGUGCCCCGGUGUCGUCCUAUGUGUCAGUGAACGGAGACACGGGGGUGAUCCACGCUGUGAGGUCGUUUGAUUACGAACAGUUCAGGAGUUUUAAAGUGCACGUGAUGGCCAGAGACAACGGUUCUCCUCCUCUCAGCAGCAACGUGACCGUCAGUGUGUUCGUGUCGGAUGUGAACGACAACUCUCCUCAGAUACUGUACCCCGCCCCGGAGGGCAACUCGUUCAUGACCGAGCUGGUCCCCAAAGCUGCACACGGAGGCUCUCUGGUGUCCAAAGUCAUAGCGGUGGACGCGGACUCCGGACAGAACGCCUGGCUGUCCUAUCACAUAGUCAAAUCCACUGAUCCGGGACUUUUCACCAUCGGUGUCCACAGCGGAGAGAUCAGGACGCAGAGGGACGUUUUAGAGUCUGACAGCAUGAAGCAGAACCUCAUUGUGUCGGUGAAAGAUAACGGACAGCCCUCUCUGUCUGCCACCUGUUCCAUGUAUUUACUGAUCUCUGAUAACUUGGCUGAGGUGCCAGAACUGAAGGACAUUUCUUACGAUGAGAAGAAUUCCAAGCUGACGUCGUAUCUGAUCAUUGCUCUGGUGUCCGUGUCCACGUUUUUCCUGACCUUCAUCAUCAUCAUCCUGGGUGUGAGGUUCUGUCGUAGGAGGAAGCCCAGACUGUUGUUUGACGGAGCAGUAGCCAUCCCCAGCGCUUAUCUCCCUCCUAAUUACGCAGAUGUUGACGGCACAGGAACUUUACGCAGCACUUACAACUAUGACGCCUACCUGACAACAGGCUCUAGAACCAGUGACUUUAAGUUCGUGUCAUCCUAUAAUGACAACACGCUGCCUGCUGACCAGACUCUGAGGAAGAGUCCUUCAGACUUUGCUGAUGCUUUUGGAGAUUCGGAUGGUUCUCCUGAGGUAGGCACUUGUCAUGUCACCACUGUAAGAUCUGUCGAACCAGUGAUUUACAGCCUUUCGUGUCGUUCUUCUUUUUAUUAAUUUCGUACAUCGCUUAGUACGCCUUAAAAACAAGCAGCGCAGUUAACGUUAACUACUAGGCUUGUUCACUUCUGUGUGAAUUGGCAAUGUCAGCAAUUGUACACAGGCUGACGGCUGGUUACUUGUAACACUUUUCUAAUUUCAGUGUCUGCGUUUGUUGUGGGCUGUCGUUUUGUAGACGCUCAAUUUGACGUCACGGUUUUCUGUCGCUCUCCUUACAGUUGUUGGUCUUGCAUUUAGUUGAUCUUCUUUGACUUGGACAGUAUAUUUACAGCAUUGCUACAGCUGUUUUAUGUCUUAUUUAAUUUAUUCUCCCUUACUAUGUUAAUGAGAUUUUAUUGACUUCAUUAUAGUGGUUUGCCAUAAAAAUAUGCCUGCACGUGAUAUUAACUUUGCAGACAAACUUACUAACUAUAGACUUUGUUGCCCAUUUUAGUCAUUAAUAUUUUAGUUAUAUGUGCUAAAGCUAGCAAAUUUUAUUUCUGCACUUUUUUCAGUUUCAUUGAAGGUCCCAAUGUGGUUUUCUGUGGAGGGACUUGCGUCCAGCUACAAUCGUUGUCUCUGUCCUUGGUGCUGAAUUUUCUUUGACGAUCUUUUUUAUUUUAGUGUGACUUUUCUGUGUUAUGCUGUUGCCUUUCAUUGAUAAAUGCUGUCGUAUCAAACUGAUUAUGUUCGUUGCUUACAUCUUGCUGUGAUGCUGUAGCAUUAGUUUACUCCAUUGACUCAGAAGUGUUAAGUUUAUUGUGAAUAUCAUGUUGUAUGUCGAUAUUUAGUGUUCAAGUAAGAUAAGCAAACCCAAGCCUCAUCAAUCAUUUUGUUUUAAUGGUUAUGUGUUACUAGGUUUGUCCUGUUUUUUUUAAAUGUCGACAUUUUAAAUAUCCUUGCAGGUUCACUUUUUAAGGUUUAACAUUUUAUCUGACCACGACCAUUUCUAAAUAAUUGUGAAUGCAAGAUUGUUAAAUUUUAUUUUGACUGGACAAUGUGUCGUCCAUUAAAACUAAAGUGCAAACAUAGUAAUCCCGAUGCUCUUGCAGACUUGAACAAAAGUAUUGCCUUAUUAUUAUAAGAAAGUUUUGCGUUUGAUGUAACUUUUCGAAUUAAAUAGGCGUUUCUCCUGCAUCUUCAUAGCAGCUGUUGAUUACUGUUAUCUGUUUAAGGUUUGCCAUAAAGGAGAAUUACUUUUCAGCGUAAUACAUCACCUCAAUUCAAUUCAAUUCAAUUCA